UAUUCUGCCCAGCAACAGCUGUUCUGACAAGAAAUGGAUUCCUGGUUCUGAUUGGACGUCCAGAUUCUGCCCGUCAACUGUGAUCUUCUGCCCAGCGAUGCUUCUACCCCCCAACAGCAUUCUGAUUGGCUACAGGCCCAACGGCGGGAACAGGAUUUUCCCCCUAAAUACAGGACUCUGGUGUCUCCAGCUCAGUCAGCCUGUGGUGAAGAUUAGGAGAAGAGAAGUCAUGUGUGGACAUGUUUAUUAUUAUAGUUCUGGUCUAUAAUAUGGAAUCUUUGCAGGAAAGUUCUGGAGGAACAAUGAGUGGACUAGAAAACCCCAUAUCAGAGAAUGGAAAGAAGCAAUUUUCAUGUCCGGAAUGUGUGAAGCUUUUUACUAGGAAAGUAAAUCUUGUGGAUCAUAUAAAAACUCACACAGGGGAGAAACCAUUUUCAUGUCCAGAAUGUGUGAAGAGUUUUAGUAAUAAAUCAAGUCUUGUAAAACAUAUGAGAACUCACACAGGAGAGAAGCCAUUGUCAUGUCCAGAAUGUGUGAAGUGUUUUACUAGGAAAGUGCAUCUUGUGGAUCACAUGAGAACUCACACAGGAGAGAAACCAUUUUCAUGCUCAGAAUGCGCAAAGUGUUUUAGUAAUAAAUCAAAUCUUGUAACACAUCUGAGAAGUCACACAGGAGAGAAGCCAUUUUCAUGUCCAGAAUGUGUGAAGAGUUUUAGUCAUAAAUCAUAUCUUGUGGAACAUAUGAGAACUCACACAGGAGAGAAACCAUUUUCAUGUCCAGAAUGUGUGAAGAGUUUUAGGAAUAAAUCACAUCUUGUAAAACAUCUGAAAACUCACACAGAAGAGAGACCAUUUUCAUGUCCAGAAUGUGUGAAAUGUUUUAGAAUUAAAGCAACUCUUGUGGAACAUAUGAAAACUCACACAGGAGAGAAGCCAUUUUCAUGUCCGGAAUGUACAAAGUGUUUUAGUCAAAAAUCAACUCUUGUGGAACAUAUGAGAAUUCACACAGGGGAGAAGCCAUUUUCAUGUCCGGAAUGUACAAAGUGUUUUAGUCAUAAAUCAAGUCUUGUGGAACAUAUGAGAACUCACACAGGAGAGAAGCCAUUUUCAUGUCCAGAAUGUGUGAAGUGUUUUAGUCGUAACUCAAGGCUUGUAAAACAUCUGAGAAAUCACACAGGAGAGAAUCAGUUGUCAUAUACAGUAUAUGGCUAAUGUUUUAACCAAAACUCAAAUUCAUAUGUAUACAUGAGGACAAACAUAAAGAAGAAGUCAUAUCCAUGUUCAGAAUGUGGAAAAUGUAUUAGUAAGACAUCUUGUUAAAAAUCUUAGAGCACACACAGGGGAGAAGCCAUUUGUAUGUUCAAUAUGUGAAAAAUGUUUUAGACCAAAAUGAAAUCUUGUACAAAACAAAAGGAGAAAAAAAGCGGAUAUACUAAAAUGUCUGAGAGGAGAGAAGUCAUUAGAAUGUUCAGACUGUAGGAAAUGUGUCCGGUGCACAUUGUAGGACCUGAUGUGUCAGGACGUCUUCUAAGUUAUAGUGUCUCUGGAAUGUUCUUCUCCUGUCUGAUGGUCAGAUAGGACAUGGAGAUGACCAAUCUGUGCACGAGUCCUAUUAAUUCCAUUGGAUGUGUGUAGGAAACCUGCUGGACGUCACAUGCUCGCCUCAGUAACUGUACUGCCCAGCAGGGACUUGUGUCCUUCCACCCCCAAUCUGAAGAUCAGGGGGGAGAUCACCAUUAUAGGGACACUAGAAAUGCCCGGCUACAAUACUGAAAACCAUUACUGCUAUUUCCACAUCCAACUGGGUUUGGACUAAAUGGACUGUAUCCCAAAGUUCUUCUAUGUGAGAAUAAAGUAUGAA